AUGCUGAUGACACAGACCGCAGUGCCGGCACUAUUCCAGGGUCAGAAUAACAAUUACAAUUCUCGCAAAAAGCCUUCGCGCGAAAACCUCAAUCAGGACGCUACCAACUACUACCCUUCCCAACCGGCGUUGGACCAACCCAACGUCGGCCACGCCUUCUCACCCUAUUCACAGGCCAUCACCUCCUCGUCCAUAAUGAACGGUAUUGCGGGCACUGCCCCGCCUGGUACCAUGUACGUCCGAGCCUUGUACGAUUACGAGGCCGACGACCGCACGAGUCUCAGUUUCCACGAAGGAGACGUUAUUCAGGUUAUAACACAGCUGGAAAGCGGAUGGUGGGACGGCGUUAUCAACGGUGUGCGCGGCUGGUUCCCAAGCAACUACUGUCAAAUCGUAACGAGUCCCGACGAGAUCCCUGAGCAUGACCAGAACGGCGACCUUGACCAUGUUGACGAUGAGGAGGAUAAUCAGGAGGUCUACGACGAGCAGUUGGAAGAAGAUGACGAGUCGGAGCUGGACGACUCCAGCGGCCUCCCGCUCGAAGGCACGGAUCUCGGCGACAAAUCAAGGGCCGACUUCUGGAUCCCGCAAGCAACCCCAGAUGGGCGCCUUUUCUACUAUAAUAUGAUGACGGGCGAUCGAAGCAUGGAAUUGCCUUUGGAAUCUCCAGUAUCUACCAAUGAGACAGGACCUCGUAACCGGAUAAACGUCAAUGUCCCCGAGAAGACACGGCCACCGCCAGAGAUGAUGGCCAGGGGUUUGACGCAAGACGAGGACGAAGACUCCGAAGCAAACUCCGUGUCCGAAUUGGAGGGCGAGUCUCUGAUGCUCGCAUCCCGUGGGUCUUUGCCUCGCAAUCGUCGGUCUCGUAGCGAAAUGCUUUCACCUUCCACUUCAAUGGACUCCAUGAACGGUGCCGCGCCUGUCGUCAGGCAAAAGGACGGCGCGUAUCUGAACCCAAACUUGGCACCUAACGCCACCCCAAUGAUUGCAUCGGCAACUUCGUUCACCAGCACGUCUUACAAUACGCCGCCAACGAGUACCGUGCCUCGCUCGUUCUUCGACGAUGGCUCAGCACCGCCAUUGACCUGGACGCGCUUGGUUUCCAACAUGCGCCGAGCUGUUGACCGUUAUCGCGAUGCCAUCACAAGCGGCAAUCGUUCCGAAUAUGUUGCGCGCGCAGAGGACAUCUCCGACCACCUGAGGCUACUGCUUGCUGCUGGGUCCGGCACGACUGAUAAUCAUUCUGGCCAGCCUUCCAUUAUCUCUACGAACAAGGCCCUUUAUCCCCAUUUCAGAGAUAUGAUGUCAAAAUUCUCGAAGCUCGUAAUCUCAUCUCAUAUCGCUGCUGCUGACUGGCCCAAUGCCGAAUCCGUACAGAAGUGUCUCCAAGAAGCGGAUGGAGUACUGCUUGGCGUCUUCAGUUAUGUCGAAAUUGCACGUCAACAACGAGGAGAGGAGAUUCCGCGCCUCUUCCCUGGUUUUGUCAUUGAAAGUUCUACUGGCGGCAGCUGGCAGAACAACGGGCUGGGCACUCGCGAUCCUAUCACCGCAAACUUCUUGGAAGAUGAGGAGGGCGUGGUCGAGCCUACGGCAAUUUUAGACGGCAAGCAACUCGAAAGGUUGGACGAGCUCAAACGAAUGCUUGUUUUCAGCAUAAGAGAACUGGACAAGAAUCUAGUUGUGGCGGACAAGAUCACUUCACCUUUCAAGCACGAGGUUAUUGGCAAUAACGUUUGUUUAGCUGGAGGUAAAGUCUUGGAGACGUUCAAGCCUUGGAUUGCACUCAUCGAGUCUAUCGACCUUUCAUCGCUCGGAAACAGUUUCCAAACGCCUCAGUUGGCAGACUUCGCAGCCAACAAGCAAAGCCUAUAUGACAACAUGUCAGAUCUGCUGCUAGGUUGCCAGGCCGUGGCCGGGCCUUUGGCCGAUGAAUGGGCUGAGGUUCGAGGUGAGGCCCUCGAAAACCGACUGGAUUAUGUCCGACAGUGCGCCAAGGCCCUCGAGACAAAUUCCUCACACAUCGGCUUUUCGUUGCAGCUGUUGUCUGAACAGGUGCAAAUUAACAUCCAACAACAAGUCGAUUCGAGGCAGAGGGAGGAUGUUAUGCAGCGCGAACAGCUCCGCCGGGGAGAAACUGCUUCGUACGACAGACCCCACCAGCGUACGGAAUCACGAACCACUCCCUCGGCACCGCGACCCCCGAUGAUCACUUCGCAGUCCUUUACCGAGGGAGAGAGCACUGGGAACUUCCGAGGAGGCGAUUACUCGAAAGUUAAGAAGAUUUUGGGUGACGAUCCCAACCCUCAGAGCAACAUGCCUCCUGUUGAUGACACGCCGGAGUUCCUUAAACUGGACCAUGAGCCAGAUCUUGCCUGGGACAACAAGCUGACGCCUCCCAUCGUCAAGGGCGGUACCCUGGAGGCACUCGUUGAGCAACUGACACGACACGACAAGCUUGACUCGAACUUCAACAACACCUUCCUGCUUACAUACAGGUCAUUCACAACCGCUCAAGAUCUUUUCAAACUGAUUGUGAGCCGCUUUGGUAUUCAGCCACCUGAAGGUCUGUCACAGUCGGAUUUCGAAGCUUGGCGAGACAGGAAACAGAAACUUAUUCGCUUCCGAGUCGUCAACAUUCUGAAGAGUUGGUUCGAUAACUUCUGGAUGGAAGAGCACAAUGAGGAAUCAAAGCAGCUCAUCCGAGAUGUGUACACCUUUGCGAGGGACACCGUCAAGUCUACAGAAACACCAGGCUCUGCGCCACUGAUGGCGGUCCUGGAUCAACGGCUCAGUGGCCAGCAAGCUGGAGCUCGUCGGAUGGUACAGACGCUCAACCAAAACACGCCGUCGCCCAUCAUGCCUAAGAACAUGAAGAAACUCAAAUUCUUGGAUAUCGAUGUUACGGAGUUCGCUCGCCAGCUCACCAUAAUCGAAUCGCGGUUGUACGGCAAGAUCAAACCCACGGAAUGCCUUAACAAGACAUGGCAAAAGAAGGUGGGCGAAGGUGAACCUGAGCCGGCACCCAAUGUCAAAGCUCUCAUUCUGCACUCCAAUCAAAUGACGAAUUGGGUGGCGGAGAUGAUCUUGGCACAGAUGGAUGUGAAGAAGCGUGUGAUCGUAAUCAAGCACUUUGUUUCUGUCGCAGACAAAUGCCGCAGUCUAAACAACUUUUCCACACUAACCUCUAUUAUUUCAGCUCUCGGCACAGCGCCGAUUGCUCGCUUGAAGCGAACUUGGGACCAAGUACCGCAAAGAACUCAGGGUGUCUUGGAAACCAUGAGAAAGCUCAUGGCUAGCACAAAGAACUUUGGCGAGUACAGAGAGGCUCUCCAUGUGGCGAAUCCGCCAUGUAUCCCCUUCUUUGGUGUUUAUCUCACCGACUUGACGUUCAUCGAGGACGGAAUUCCCUCCAUUAUCAAGAAGACUAACCUCAUCAACUUUGCCAAGCGGGCAAAGACGGCGGAAGUGAUCCGUGACAUCCAACAGUACCAAGCUGUUGGUUACUCAUUGCAGCCUGUCCCGGAGCUGCAGGAUUACAUAAUAAGUAAUAUGCAAGCUGCUGGAGACGUGCAUGAGAUGUACGACAAGAGCUUGCAAGUGGAGCCACGCGAGCGCGAAGAUGAAAAGAUUGUGAGAGUCCUUGCUGAAUCUGGCUUCCUAUGA